GUGGGCAGUUGAUCUUGAAAGAGAAAUCUUUGUGACAGCCAUACGCAUUACAAACCGCGCUGAUUGUUGUUGGACAGAUCUAGCAAAUUUCGACAUUCGUGUUGGAGCAAACUUAACAGACGGCGGUAAACGCAACAGUCAGUGUGGACCAACAUAUACUGAUCACGUCGGUGGCGCCAGGACAGUCACCGUAAACUGUGGCCCGCCUUUACUGGGACGGUUUGUGACUGUAUCUAUCACGGAAGCUGAAGGAACUUUGAAUUUCUGUGAACUGGAAGUUUAUGGAUAUCACCGUAAGUCACUGAUCUGUAAAUAGUUGUUGCUAGGAUACUUGAGACCAGGACACUGAAGCAGCCAUUUGGCUCGGUCCAUAGGAUUGGAUGAAUCUUAAUCUAGUCCCAACUAGGAAUUGGUUAACUUAUUAUAUAUCAAGUCAUAGGACUUGUUGACAAAUCUUAGGACUUGCUGAAGUAAUUAUAUAAGUCCUUGGACUGGAUGAAGUUUGAUCAAGUCCUAGAACUACAUGACGUUUUGAUCACGAAAAUCGUAGGACUGAAUGAAGUUUGAUUAAAUCCUAGGACUGAAUGAAUCCUAGGACUGAAUGAAUCCUAGGACUGAAUGAAUCCUAGGACUGGAUGACGUCCUAGGACUGGAUGACGUUUGAUCAAGUCCUAUGGGACUGGAUGAAGUUUGAUCAAGUUUUAGGAAUGGAUGAAGUUUGAUAAAGUCCUAUAAGUCUGGAUGAAGUUUGAUCAAGUUCUAGGACUGGAUGAAGUUUGAUCAAGUCCUAUAGGACUGGAUGAAGUUUUAUCAAGUCCUAUAGGUCUGGAUAAAGUUUGAUCAAGCCCUAGGACUGGAUGUUUGAUCAUGUCUUAGGACUGGAUGAAGUUCGAUCACAUCCUACGGCUAGUAGAAGUUACGAAAGACUUGCGAAAGUCUUAUAUAUUUUCAUUUCAAAAUUCAACGCCUCAGAAUUGGCAUGGGUUGUAUUUCCAGUUCUUGCUGUUGGUUCAAAUAUUCGACCUUUCCUUAGAUGCGAAAUGCUGUUCGAAAUUGAACUCUAGUCCCAACCAAAAUUUUUUGCUAUGAUUGAUGAAUUACCUUACUGUUCAUUCCUACAUUUUUAACUAUUUUCAGGGGAAAAUGUGUUCAGUGUGAAGGCAAUAUCGUACGGUACAAAAAAUUAUACAGACCUUGGUAGACUCAGCCAGUUAAUUGUUGAUGACACGUAUAACGAGACGUUUGUCAAUUGGGGACAUUAUGUUAUCUCUUUUGAUAUGACAACAGGUUUGAAAUUUUUUUACAUCGAUAAAUGGGAUGGGUUGUAAUUUUUUGUAACAACUUCAUUGGACCACAGUAUGGCACUAUCAUAAACUAUUCAAUAGCCUUAUAGCCCAAAAGGAAAGAUGUAAACGAGACGAUAAAUCCCACUGGGAAAAAAUUGAAAAUCCAAAGAAGGUCAUAGAAUGGAAAUUGUAUGGACCUUUAUUAGAAAAAGAAUGGAUUUUGGUUAUCCAUAAUAAUUAGUACUUCCAUAUACUAUGGAUGUAGUAUCGAAAUGGUAUGGAUAUACUAGUACUAUGGGUUUAACUAGUGCAAUUGCAAAUAUAGUAUGGAUUUCACAUUUUUUCCCAGUGUCCCAUGCAAGGCACUUGUAAAAUAGAACACUGUAUAAAGCAAAAAAUACUACUCUUCAGCUUAAAACUAGCUUAGCUCUGUAAAAGAGGAUGAUUAGAACACCCACAUAAAAAUCUCACAACUUGUCAACAAGUUGUAACAAUGCUGUUAUUUUAUCAAGAUGCUACAGGUUGUCAGUCACAAUUUGUUGAGAAAUUAUUGAAUUGCAGGACGAUAACAAGUUGUUAGAACAACUUGUAACAAAUCUGUUGAGCUCAACAAACCGUUGACAACUUGUCAGCAAGCUGGGAACAAGCAGUGCGAACACAUCCUGUUGACAAGUUGUUGAACAGCAUUGUUAAAUCAGCUGGUAAGGUUCAGCGCGCUUUCCUUGAUUCAGUAAUAAACAUGCAAGCAAAGACAAUCUCAAUUUUUUUCAGGACAGAAAAUCGCCCAAAAACAUUUCGACACACAAAACGACUCUUCAGCUUUGACUAAGAUGCCAGUAUACUUGCAAAACCUUCGUUCUGAAAUAUUUGUCUUCGUAAUCCUAAACCGCGCUGGAUGGAAAUAUUAUCAAACAUCAAUACCUGUACUGGGAACUUUGAGUGGCCAUUCCAACAUAUCUGAUCAGCUGACAUGGGGUGACGCAUGGACAUUGCUAGGAUACAAAGGGAUAUUACCAAGUCCAUCGUGGAGGAACUCAGUCACGAAGAAUACUGGACAUUCGCCCGCGAUCAUUGAAGACGUUAUACCAAAACUGUCAGGUAAGCCAUGGCCUGCGAACAGGCGUGUGGCCUAGGAAUGGUCCUCACCAGACCUCCAGUAAAAAAACAGUUAUAACACGGAAAUGAUGGAGCUAUCCAGUUUUAAAAUAAGUUAAUAAUUCAUGAAGAAAAGUCAAAGGAAAUUACUGCCGUGUCCGUAGUUUUCUAUGUGAUAAAGAAUCAUGUUCAUUUACAUAAACUUUAGCUUUGAUUUUCUCGGCUAAGACAACGUUUAUUUUUAGAAUUACUACGCCAAUGAACUCAUAAGAUGGGUCGUUUUAUAAGCCAUUUAAAACACCCGCAGUCCGUUGCUUUAUCAGAUAUAAAACACUCGAGCUGCGCUCUCGAGUUUUAUAUCUGAUAAAGCACUCCUGCUUGUGCUUUAAAUAAUACUUAGUUUAGUUAAGUUUAGGUCUCUUUCUGCAGUCUGCAGUAGCACUUGUAACGCUCGACAAACAAGGCGCCUACUGGAGUAGUAAUAUAGUCAGUUUAGCCUACGUUUUACCGGAUAGCUUUCAGUUUAUCUAAUCUAAUAUUCUUGGUUUUCCCAUAGUUCCACCUGCUCUGCCAUCAUCCUCAAUCGUCGUUGUAGAUCUGACGUCAUCUUCAUUCACAAUAAGAUGGUCACGCCCCCCGGAUAUUGUCACUGAAAAUGAACUCCCCCUGAAAUACACAGUAUGUGUGAGCGAGCCUGGUAGCAUGGCUGAUGGUAGCGUCGUUAAUGCAUCCACAAUGGUUAACAGUAGCUUGGUUAUGGUGAAUAGUACCGUCUCUAACAGUACCCUCGUCAAUGAUAGCAUGGUACAUGAUACUGUAGAUAAAAAUUGCGAAAGUGUUGGUGAUGCUACUUCGUAUACCAUGACGGGUUUGAGGCCUCAGACUGAUUAUGUCGUGAGUGUGAAGGCACAUUCGUUUGCUGGGUUUGGUCCGGAAACUGCAGUUCAUGUUGCUACCAUGAAGAAUGGUUAGCAUCUGUUGGUUAUGUAUCUGUAUGUAAAACUCUGUUCUACAGAGUGUAUAAAAAAAACUGAACAGGUUUGAAAUGGCUCUCAAUUUUGCAAAACACCUAUUUGUAUCCGUUUUUAUAUAUAUAGCUUCUUUGGGUACUUAUAAUGUAGAAUAAUGAAAAAAAUUUCUCAAACUCAAAUUUUGUGAACCAGGGGGGUGUGUCUUUUCCAACAAACUAAAAAUGGCUCGCGCACAAAAUUUAAAAGUUGUAAUCAUAUUUUGAGUUAAUGGAUGGACAAUUUGUCGGGUUUUUAAUUACUGUCCAAAAUUUCAGAAAAUUUGGUUUAGUUUAAGCCCUUUAACUAUCCACGCAAAGUUACAUUUUUCCUAAAAAUCAGCUUUUCGCAUGCUUAAUUAAUGCAUUUGCCUAACGUGCAUAUGUCAGCAAUAUGCAAAUUAGGUAAAGGCAUUAAAUUAAGCAUGCGAAAAGCUGAUUUUUUAGAAUAAAAUAGAUAGUUAAAGGGCUUAAACUAAACCAAAUUGUCUGAAAUUUUGUACAGUAAUUAAAAACCCGACCAAGUUUCCAUCUAUAAACUCAAAAUAUGAUUACAGCUUUUAAAGUUUGUGCGCGAGCCAUUUUUAGUUUGUUGGAAAAGACACCCCCCCCUGGUCCACAAAAUUUGAGUUUGAGAAAUUUUUCUCAUUAUUCUACAUUAUAAGUACCCAAAGAAGCUAUAUACAUAAAAAACCGGAUACAAAUAGCUGUUUUUCGAAAUUGAGAGCAAUUUCAAAUCUGUUCAGUUUUUUUUUAUACACCGUGUAUAGGGAGCGCAAGCGACGUUUUUAUCAACAUGGACGUCAGAUUGCUGAGGGAGGACUGGAUUAAAAAUUGUGUUUGUGUCAGUUUGUGGUAAUCUUCAACACAUAUGACAAAACAUAGGAUUUUUUAUUUAUAGCAAAGUUUUUUGCUUCCUUACACGAGUGCAAUGAUGCAAAACGCCGCCAAAGUUAGUUAAACCAUUUUCCGUGUGAUGUCCGUGUUGAGGUCAAGGCUUUAAAAAUGACAAGGAAUUUAAAAUGAAUAGACGUGACAACAACGUUGUUACAACUUGUUUGCAAGUCUGUAAAGCAGGUCUGUAACAACAGAUCGGUUUUAAAAGAACUAAGACGUCUACCAGGUGAUCUUGAUACGCGGAAAAAUACUGGCACUAGUUGUCAAAUAGAAAUCCAUUUUAUGAUUAAAACAACUGAAUAUCUCCUGUAAUAUACUUUAUUUCGAUUCCAUAUUUUGUCAGAGCUAUAAUAGUUCUCAUAACCAAACAUAAUUACAAAAUUUCAACUAGUUUCAUAAAGAAUAAUGAAAGAUAUAAUUGUCUGAAUACAUCAAAAUGGAUUUCUAUUCGGACAACCCUUUCUGAGCGCUGAUUGGCUAAAAUACGAACACGAGAUCACCUGGUACACUUAUUGAUUAUUUCUGAGGGGAAAUUAUUAAUUCUGGAAAAAUGUGAAAUUAACAAUAUAGUUUUAGACUAUACAGUAUUGAUUAUUGUCAGGGGCAGCGCUAGACCCUUUUCAAUGGGGGGGGGGGGGAUGUAAGUAAAUUUUGCCGAGUUAUCAAGGGAUAUUUUAGCGGCAUCUCAGCAUGAAAAAAAUUUUCCCGGACAUCAUAUUUGUCAUGUUAUUUUGUGUUUAACUACCGUUGUUCGUUACACUUUUCCCUAUUAAUGUUUUCGUAAAUUUCCCUACAUUUUAGCUAUCGUUCUAAUAAUUUUUAAUCACAUCUUGUGAAUGAAUUUCGUCUUUAAAUAAAGUUUUCAUAAUAAUAAAAUUCGUUAUUUCUUAUUUUAUAUUUUCGCAGAUAGCCGCAAGAUUUAUGUUGAACUGGUAUCCCGUAUUGGGCCAGAUGUUUCAUAUCGACUUGACGCUCAACCUUAUUCCAGUAUCACAGUUGGAGGACAACAACACAACUUUGUUCGACAUGGAUUUAAUUUUAUUGUUCUUCAUCCUAAAACAGGUAACUGGUGCUUAUCAAUCAGAAACAGGACUAUUAUUGUAUCUAAAUAUCGAUUAGAAAUGAGUACCCACCCCUGGCUAAAAACUUUAUAAAAGGAUACCAUUCAGUUGUCACACAUGUAUGUGACAUGAGUUUGAUAACUGCUUGUGCAAUUUUCUGCAGUCUAAAGUUUCAUGUUGUCUGCACAUGUACUUUCUUUGGAGACACAAUUUGCCUCCUGACAAAUCGGAAAAUGAUCAAGAUAAUGAGCGAUCCCUUGUGAUUAGAACAGUAUAGACAGGCGGUGUUCCUUCUACUUUCAUGAAAAUUGGAUGCGAAAUUAGCAAACGUUAAAUUUGCCUUGCCAAGCAGAGAAACUAUACAUAAUUUAAGAUAUUUACUCCGCUCCAAGUGCCCUUUAUACACACGCAAAAAUCUCACAUCUUGUAGCAAGUUAGCCACUUAUCCCAAGUUGUAAAAAAGUUUGCAACACUGAAGUUGUUAACAACUUGUAACAAUUACCUUGUUGAUAUUAUCAGACUUGUUGCAAGGUUGUUCCAACAAGUCUGAUACAAGCAUGAAAAAUAACAAUAUUGUUGCAACCUUGUAAUAUUCUUGUUAUAUCAUGGCUGUAUCAGACUUUGUUAGAACAACCUUGUGACAAGUCUGAUAAUGCCAUCAAGCUUGCUACAAGUUGUUCCAAACUUGUUACAACAACUAGGAAAUUGCUCCAAACUUGUUACAACAACUAGGAAAUUGCUCCAAACUUGUUACAACAAUUAGAAACAAGCAGUGCGAACACAACUUGUCGACAGCUUGUGAACAGCUUUGUAACAACUUGUUUGCAGACCUGUAACAACUUGUGCGUUACUGCAUUUCUACGUGUGUAGUUCGCAAUGUUUUAGUCACUGCGUUGAUACUAAAUCUUUAUAUUGACCUUAGGUUCCCAAGUGAUGCAACGUUCGUUCAACACUCUUCGUUAUCCUAGCUCAAGCACACAAAUGGCGGAAUUCUUAUCAACCGUUCCUAAACCUUCCAUCAUUCUCAUGGUCGUGUAUCACCAAGCCAAUCUCGACCGCUUCCCAGAGAACGCUUUCCUAUCAGCAUGCCCUAACGCUCCAUCGAGUUACACCAAACACGAGUCAUGGAGUAUGAUAUGUCUCUAUGGCUUUGGAAGCAUGCCUUGGGUGACGUCAUUAAAGUCCGAUGCCAAAAGGGGGCCGGCCGUGAUAAAGACCCAUAUACUACUACCUAAAGGUGAGUUAUGUGCUUUUAUCUGCGCAUGUAAAAACGCACAAUUUGUUACAAAUCUAUUCACAAGCUGUCGACAGUUGUUGAAACAAGUCUGGAACAAGCUGUUAACAACUUGUAACAAGCUUGAUGGCAUUAUCAGACUUAUUACAAGAAUGUUCUAACAAGCCUGAUGCUGUCAUGAUAUAACAAGAAUGUUACAAGGUUGACGACACAAGGUUGUAACAAUAUUGUUAUAUCAUGACUGUAUCAGAUUUGUUGGAACAACCUUGCAACAAGUCUAAUGAUGUCAACAAGGUUGUUACAAGUUGCUAACAGCUUGUUCCAAACUUGUUGACAACUUGGGACAAGCAGUGCGAACACAACUUGUUGACGGACUUGUUAUAAGAUAUUAGAUUUUUACGCGUGUUGUGUUCGCACUGCUUGUUCCCAGUUGUUGAAACAAAUGUGGAACAAGCUGUUAACAACUUGUAACAAGCUUGAUGGCAUCAUCAGAUUUGUUACAAGGUUGUUCUAACAAAUCUGAUAUAACAAGAAUGUUACAAGGUUGACGACACAAGGUUGUAACAAUAUUGUUAUUUCAUGACUGUAUCGGACUUGUUGGAACAACUUUGGUUGAAGUCUGAUAAUAUAAGCAAGGUUGUUACAACUAUUAACAAGUUGUUCCAUACUUGUUGACAAUUUGGAACAACAAGCCUAUGACAUACUUGUUGACGGCUUGUUGGCAGGCUUGCUACAAGAUUUGAGAUUUUUUACAGUUGAUUGUUAUGAAAAUAACUAUUACAUAAUCUAUUUUAUACAGUUAAUCAGCUGUGCGUUUAAUUAAACGUCUUUUUCCCUUUCUAGACCUCGAAAGUGCGCCAAAUUUAACCAGUGUUGUUGCUACAAGCUCUGAAACAUUAAAACUUAGCUGGACAGUCCCAAUGACAGAUAAUUACACAGGCGAUAUCUCUUACUACCAAAUCUGCUACCAGAGAUCAAGUACUCCUACAGACUCGGGUUGCUCCCUGGUAUCUGCGGGCAGUAAUCUCACUGAGGUUGAGAUCAAUGGCUUACUUCCGUACCGAGAAUAUAGAGUUAAAAUACGGGGGGUUGUGGCUCUGGGAUAUGGGCCCUACUCGGAUGUACUCCUGCAAACCACACUUGAAGCAG